CCGCCAGCCGCUCCGGGCGCAGGGCUCUCAAGGGCCCCCGCAGCCACCCGCGGACACCCGCCGCGAGCCGGUGCCCUGAGCGCCCGACAUGAACCGCAAGAAGCUGCAGAAGCUGACGGACUCCUUAACUAAAAAUAGCAAGCACUUUAAUAAAUUUGAAGUGAAAUGUCUCAUCAGUCUUUUCUAUAACCUGGUGGGAGAUGUAACCGAGCGGCAGGGUGUGGUCAUUGGACUCGAUCGCAAUGCGUUUCGAAACAUCCUGCAUGUGACAUUUGGAAUGACAGAUGACAUGACCAUGGACAGAGUUUUCCGAGGUUUUGACAAAGACAACGACGGCUGUGUGAGUGUAACGGAGUGGGUGUGUGGACUAUCAGUGUUUCUUCGAGGAACUCUGGAAGAAAAAAUGAAAUAUUGCUUUGAAGUGUUUGAUCUGAACGGCGAUGGAUUCAUCUCAAAGGAGGAGAUGUUCCACAUGUUGAAGAACAGCCUUCUCAAGCAGCCGUCCGAAGAAGACCCUGACGAAGGAGUUAAAGAUUUGGUCGAAAUAACACUCAAGAAAAUGGACCGCGACCACGACGGGAAGCUGUCCGUCGCAGACUAUGAACAAGCCGUCAGAGAAGAGACUCUCCUACUGGAAGCAUUUGGACCAUGUCUGCCUGACCCAAAGAGCCAGAUGGAAUUUGAAGCCCAAGUAUUCAAGGAUCCACACGAAUUCAGCGAGAUGUGAAUCCCUGAAUGUCUGUGUUGUCUCGAGCGAGUGAAUAAGGAGGCACGUACAGACUGUGUGUUUUUCCUGCUCCGCUCAGGAGGUGACUGCGCACUCGAGGGUGGGGGACAGGGUUGACCGACACGUAGCACCCUGCUUUGGUUAAGAUGCAAGUAAAUCAGCCGAAGACAGGACCUAUGACGCGUUGUUGGGUCGGCCGGACGGGUUACGUGCUAGAGACGCCUUAUCACCCAGACUUAUCUGUUGACACACGUAACUGUCAUGAGAUGUUUGUAUGAAGGAGAUGAACAGAGAGAUUACAUAAGCAUGAGUUAUUUUCUUCAUGUCAGAAAGAUGCUGGGAAUACAUUUAAAAAAUCACUGAAGCUCCUGAAUUUCCUUUGGAGCAGUAAAGAGUCAAGACAACAUCGGAGAGUAAGGAUUCUGGCAGCGGGCCCUGGAAGGUGUUUCCACUGGGCACUGAGGGGGCUCAGGGACACAGAACCUGCAUUCGAACGACCCGUGUCCCUGCCUGAGGCCUCAGCGUGACAGCCUGGCUGCCCGCGGCCAGAAUGGGCCUCCAUGAACACUGUGGGUUGAAAGUACAAAGAACCCCAGACAGACCCCCACCAGGGGCAGAGGGGCAGUGGGCCUUCCUGGGCCUGAUGGACAAGGCCUGGCCUCUGGGGUCACCCCAGUGACCCUCGCAGGGGGAUGCGAAGCCCCCUCUCUGUUCUGUCUCCCUCUGUCUCCACUGCCAGCCCCUCUCUGUCCUCUUGGACCUGCCCCCCAGGAUUCCUCUCCUGCAGCCCCUCAUCCCAGGUCACAGCCCACGGUGCCCGCUUGCCAGGGACUCCUGCGGCCACCGCUCCCCUGGCCUCCUCCUGCCCAGCAGGUGUCUGUGGCCAUAGAGGGAGUGUUGGGAAGGCAACCUCAGUCUGGUCCUGGGCUGCGCUCUGCCUCCCGCAAAGGCUCCCGGGCAGGCCGCUGGGAGGGGACACCACCAGAAGCACUCAGAGGCUGCUCCAGAUAUUAAGUCCCUUUUGUGAUUGCAUGUGCUCUGCUCUGUUUAAGCGAAGAACACACUGCGUGAAACAGAGAAGUGGACUGUUAACAACCACUGUAUAGAAAAUAGACAAACAGCAAGGUCCUGCUGUGCAGCUCAGGGAACCGUAUUCAGCAGCCUGGGGUCACCUGUCAGGAAGAAGCCUGGGAGCAGGAACAGACGUGUGUACACACACGACCGCAGCACGCCGCCGUGCACCAGAAACCGGCCCCCUGUAACUGACCGUGCUUCAGUAAAAAAGGGGAAAAAAGGCUGCUACGAGUAAAUGGAACAUGCACCUUCAUGAAAUAAAAGCUCUUUUGCUGUCCAUGUGUCUUCUUAAAAUGUUAGAGUCUUGGACUGUGACAAGAUUUUUCUGUCUUUUGUCGGCAACACAAUAUACUUUAAAUUUUUUAUUGUAUUUCUCUGAGUGUCCAUGAUACAGGAUCACUGAAGAGUAUUUCAGAAGUUUAGGAAAUACAAAAAUCAAAAUUAAAAUAUUAAUAUUCUGGUGUAGACUCUCAGCCUUUCUUAAGGCGUUUGUAAGUCUCCCCGCGGUUAUGCACGGAGCACACCCGAGUGUUUGGGCGAGCGCGCUGGAUCGCGCUCUGUCAGCUGCUUUUUGUGUCCCACUGCCUCAGGAGCACUGGCCUGGGCGGGCAGACCCUCGUCCGGCACCGCUUCCCCGCCGCACACACUUGCUUAUUCCCACGUUUUGCUGUUACGAGUAAUGCCCCGAAUAAACUCUCUUUGUAGGUAAA